AUGGGCGGCGGGGCGCGGGAGCUGGCCGGGUACCUGGCGGCGCUGGCCGGGUGGGUGGCGGCGCUGGCGGCCGCCGUGCUGCCGCAGUGGCGGCAAAGCUCGUACGCCGGGGACGCCAUCAUCACGGCCGUGGGGCUCCACGAGGGGCUGUGGAUGAGCUGCGCCGCCCAGAGCACCGGCCAGGUCCAGUGCCGCCUACACGACUCGCUGCUCUCCCUCGAAGUUCACAUCCAGACAUCCCGGGCUCUCAUGGUCAUUUCUCUCCUCCUGGGCUUCUUUGGUAUCAUCGUGAGCGUGGUGGGCAUGAAGUGCACUAAAGUUGGGGAGGAGGAUCCUGUCACCAAGAGCCGCAUAGCUGUUGCUGGAGGUGUCCUCUUCAUUCUGUCUGGUCUGUGCACACUGGCUGCUGUGUCGUUGUAUGCAACACAGGUGACCUAUGAGUUCUUCAGAGAGAGUACCAUCCCCAUCAACGCUAGGUACGAAUUCGGCUCUGCUCUCUUCGUGGGCUGGGGGGCUGCCAGCCUCUCCAUGCUGGGUGGGUCCCUCCUGUGCUGCUCCUGCCCUGCCAAGGAGCCCCGAGGACAGCAGUACCAUCGGCAGUCACAGCCCUCCACGGCCCGGGAAUAUGUCUGAGCCCUGUGCCUGGCUGCCGCCCAGUGCCUCCCUCCCGUCCCAAAAACAGGCGCCCUGUAAAACUGUGUCCUGCACCCCUCAUGGGAGAGCAGUGCUUGUAGGCUGGCUUCACCCAUCAGGCGUUGAACCCAGAUUUUGGGGUUCCCUUUGAAAAACACCAACCAUAAGCCACUGCAGUGAGGAUUGAAAAGGAGCCUUGUGCUUUAAAACAAACAAAAAACCCCAAAACCAACUAAAAAGGCCUUUUUAUAUUUCAGUGUAAAGAAUGUUUUUGUUCUAUUAAUAUUAAUUCCAUUAACUUUUCUAUGGGAUGCAUGGCCUUGGAAAUGGGACAGGUAGGGAUUUUUAAAGGCUUUUUUUUUCUUUUUUUGCUGUUUGUACUAAAAAUUGUGACUCAGAGGUAUUAAAAUAUUUUCAGUCGUGGCCA